UACCUUAACCAAAACCGGUUUAGUCCCAAUCCUUGAAGUUCUCUGCAGGUUGGAGAAGUGCACGAAAUCGAGAGGUUUGUUUGAUCAACUGCGAUUUCGUCUCAGAUAUUUAUGUCAAUGUCGUCCCGGCGAAAGAAGAAGCGGUACACGAUGCCGCCGCAGUCGAACCCGAAUCCGUCACUUCCCGAUGAUUUGAUAUUGAGCUGCGUCGCACGGGUCUCAAAAUUGUAUUAUCCGACUCUCUCCCUCGUCUCCAAGAGCUUUCGAUCUCUCCUAGCUUCACCAGAGAUUUACAAGACCCGAUCACUCUUGGACCGCACCGAGAGUUGUCUCUAUGUGUGCUUAAAGUUAAAUCCUUUUGAUGAGAACCCUAGGUGGUUUACUCUCUGCCGGAAACAUAAUCGAACCCUAAAGUCAAGUGGGUAUGUUUUGGCUACACUUCCAAUUCCACAUUCUCCUCUUGAGUCAUCUUCUUCGAGUCUUGUGUCGGUUUGUUCUAAUAUCUACAACAUUGGCGGAUCUGAAUCGCCUUCCUCUAGCGUCUCGAUUCUGGAUUGCACGUCUAACACGUGGCGUGAGGGCCCUAGCUUGCGGGUGAAGCUAAUGUCAUGUGCUGCUUGCGUUCUUGAUGGAAAGAUAUAUGUAUCAGGAAGCUGCGAAGAUGACGAUUCCGCGACGUUCCAAGUGUUUGACACAAAUACACAAACUUGGGAUCUUGUGCCCAUCCCUUGCAGCGAGACAAAACACGACUUUCACUACAAAAUCGUAUGCUUUGACGGAAAGUUGCACAUGGUGAGUAACAAAGGUGUGAAUGCUUACAAUACCAAGGAAGGUAGAUGGGACGUGGUUGAACCAAGCAGAGAACAUUUUAAGUAUUUAUAUGAUUCUUAUUGCAAAAUAGGGAAUGUUUGGUACUCUGUUUUAAAAGGACCGUUCUCAAAGUUCAUAUGGUAUAACACUGAGCAAAGAGUAUGGAGAGAACUGAAGGGUAUGGAAGGAUUACCUAAGUUCCCUUUUGAUGCUUGUGUUAGAUUGGCUGAUUAUGGUGGGAAGAUGGUGGUUUUGUGGGAUGAGUAUUUUCCUGGCGGAAAGAAGAUGAUUUGGUGUGCGGAGAUUGCACUUGAAAGACGCGGAAGUUUGGAAAUUUGGGGGGAGGUUAAAUGGUUUGAUCAUAUGCUUACAGUCCCUGGACAUUAUGAAUUCGUCAAGGUUCUUUCUGUUACUGUUUAAUGAAUGUGUCACAAGGCUUGAUACUAUGCUAGUAUGAUUUUGUCCCUUGUUUUACUUCUAGUUAUUCGAUGUCACUUAUCAAAUUGAUAAGCAUAUU